AAGCCAUUGCAACAUUACCAGGAUCAUCAGUAUGGGCAGUUAUCUUCUUCAUCAUGUUGUUGACUCUGGGCAUCGACAGUGCUAUGGGAGGGAUGGAGUCAGUGAUCACAGGAUUGAUGGAUGAGUUCAAGUUUUCUCCCAAACACCGGGAACUCUUUCACCCUCUUCAUCGUUGUGUCCACCUUCCUAAUCUCACUGUUCUGUGUCACUAA